AGCCAGCGUGGGCUGGGGAGUGCGAGCCGCGGGGGGCAGUGCCAUGCACAAGCACCAGCACUGCUGUAAGUGCCCCGAGUGCUACGAGGUGACCCGCCUGGCCGCCCUGCGGCGCCUCGAGCCUCCUGGCUACGGAGACUGGCAGGUGCCAGACCCCUACGGUCCAGGUGGGGGCAAUGGGGCCAGCGCAGGUUAUGGGGGCUACAGCUCGCAGACGCUGCCCUCGCAGGCGGGGGCCACCCCCACCCCCCGCACCAAGGCCAAGCUUAUCCCUACUGGCCGGGAUGUAGGGCCAGUGCCCCCUAAGCCAGUCCCAGGCAAGAGCACCCCCAAACUCAACGGCAGCGGCCCCAGCUGGUGGCCUGAGUGCACCUGCACCAACCGGGACUGGUAUGAGCAGGUGAAUGGCAGUGAUGGCAUGUUCAAGUAUGAGGAGAUAGUACUCGAGCGGGGCAACUCCGGCCUAGGCUUCAGUAUCGCGGGUGGCAUCGACAACCCCCAUGUCCCAGACGACCCUGGCAUCUUCAUUACCAAGAUCAUCCCUGGUGGAGCAGCUGCCAUGGACGGGAGGCUGGGGGUGAAUGACUGUGUGCUUCGGGUGAAUGAGGUGGACGUGUCAGAGGUGGUGCACAGCCGAGCCGUGGAGGCGCUGAAGGAGGCAGGCCCUGUGGUGCGGUUGGUGGUGCGGAGGCGACAGCCCCCACCCGAGACCAUCAUGGAGGUCAACCUGCUCAAAGGGCCCAAAGGCCUGGGUUUCAGCAUUGCUGGGGGCAUUGGCAACCAGCACAUCCCAGGAGACAACAGCAUCUACAUCACCAAGAUCAUUGAGGGGGGUGCUGCCCAGAAGGAUGGACGCCUGCAGAUCGGGGACCGGCUGCUGGCGGUGAACAACACCAAUCUGCAGGAUGUGAGGCAUGAGGAAGCUGUGGCCUCACUGAAGAACACAUCUGAUAUGGUCUAUCUGAAGGUGGCCAAGCCAGGCAGCCUCCACCUCAACGACAUGUACGCACCCCCAGACUACGCCAGCACUUUUACUGCCUUGGCUGACAACCACAUAAGCCAUAAUUCCAGCCUGGGUUAUCUCGGGGCUGUGGAGAGCAAGGUCAGCUAUCCUGCUCCUCCUCAGGUUCCCCCAGCACGCUAUUCUCCUAUCCCCAGGCACAUACUGGCUGAGGAGGACUUUACCAGGGAGCCUCGCAAGAUCAUCCUGCACAAGGGCUCCACAGGCUUGGGCUUCAACAUUGUAGGAGGAGAGGAUGGAGAAGGCAUUUUUGUCUCUUUCAUCCUGGCAGGAGGCCCAGCUGACCUGAGUGGAGAGCUGCGCAGGGGAGACCGGAUCUUAUCGGUGAAUGGAGUGAACCUGAGGAAUGCAACUCAUGAGCAGGCUGCCGCUGCUCUGAAACGGGCUGGCCAGUCAGUCACCAUUGUGGCCCAGUACCGGCCUGAAGAGUACAGUCGCUUUGAAUCAAAGAUACAUGACUUACGAGAACAAAUGAUGAACAGCAGCAUGAGCUCUGGGUCUGGGUCCCUCCGAACAAGCGAGAAGAGGUCCUUGUAUGUCAGGGCCCUGUUUGAUUAUGACCGGACUCGGGACAGCUGCCUGCCAAGCCAGGGGCUCAGCUUCUCUUAUGGUGACAUUCUACAUGUCAUUAAUGCCUCUGAUGAUGAGUGGUGGCAGGCAAGACUGGUGACUCCACAUGGAGAAAGUGAGCAAAUUGGUGUGAUCCCCAGUAAGAAGAGGGUUGAAAAGAAAGAAAGAGCUCGAUUGAAAACGGUGAAGUUCCAUGCCAGGACGGGAAUGAUUGAGUCUAACAGGGACUUCCCUGGGUUAAGUGACGAUUAUUAUGGAGCAAAGAAUCUGAAAGGACAAGAGGAUGCUAUUUUGUCAUAUGAGCCAGUAACACGGCAAGAAAUUCACUAUGCAAGGCCUGUGAUCAUCCUGGGCCCAAUGAAGGACCGAGUCAAUGAUGAUCUGAUCUCUGAAUUCCCACAUAAAUUUGGAUCCUGUGUGCCACAUACUACCCGACCUCGGCGUGAUAAUGAGGUGGAUGGACAAGACUAUCACUUUGUGGUAUCCCGAGAACAAAUGGAGAAGGAUAUUCAGGACAACAAGUUCAUUGAGGCAGGCCAAUUCAAUGAUAAUCUCUAUGGGACCAGCAUCCAGUCAGUCCGGGCGGUUGCAGAGAGAGGCAAGCACUGCAUCUUAGAUGUUUCUGGCAAUGCUAUCAAGAGGCUGCAGCAAGCACAACUUUACCCCAUUGCCAUUUUCAUCAAGCCCAAGUCCAUCGAAGCACUUAUGGAAAUGAACCGACGGCAGACAUAUGAACAAGCAAAUAAGAUCUAUGACAAAGCCAUGAAACUGGAGCAGGAGUUUGGAGAAUACUUUACAGCCAUUGUACAGGGUGACUCACUGGAAGAGAUUUAUAACAAAAUCAAACAAAUCAUUGAGGACCAGUCUGGGCACUACAUUUGGGUCCCAUCCCCUGAAAAACUCUGAAGAAUCCCCUCCAACCAUUCGCUUGUGAACAGAAGAAAUCAAGUCCCUCUUCCCUCCUCCCUCUUCAUUCCUGUCCCCAUGGGGAGAACAAAUGACUACUGUUCUUGUCCCCUUUUUUAGAUAUGUCAAAAAAAUUGAGUUUUCUAGUCCUUUUUUUUUUUUAAUUUUUGUUUUGUUUGAGUUUAUUUUUGGGGGGAUGAUGCCAUCUCACUCAUCACGUGACUGUGCCCAUUCCUGCAUGGACCUUUUCCAAGCGCUAGCACAGGUGCAAGUCCAUCAGAAUCAUUGUUUUCUUAAAAAUCAAGCAGAAGCGAAGAGAAGAGAGGAGGACUGAUGGAAAGACAGACUCUGGACAGCUUCACGGAUUGUGAAAUGAGCUAUAUGCACAACAUGAUGAGAUGCUCCUGGGGCAUUUCUAUGUAUCUGUAUUGCUGUCUUGCAGCUCUGAACAGUGCAACAUAAUGGCAACAGAAAGUAUCUUAUUUAUAUAUAUAUAUAUAUAUAUACAUAUAUAUAUGUAAUUUAUAUAAAAUAUAUAGAAAUUAUUAUAUAUAUAUAUAUUAUACACUCAUAUAAUAUAUAUAUAUAUAUAUUCACACGCAUUUGGACUAGAAAAUUUAUGGAGACUUCAUCAAUGGUACUAUGUUAUUAAAGAAUUGUUUUAGUUUUCAUAUUCCAAUCAGAUGGCAUCUUAUAUCCCAACUGGUUGGGAAGGGAUUGAAAAUGGUAGUAAGUGCUGUACUAAGGGCACUUGCAUUUGGUCAUUCUCUUGCGAGCUAAGAUUUUCUCUAGGAGGGGGUCAGCUUGAGGCCUGAGAGGAAGUCGCUUUUGCCUGGGGGCGAGAGGGCUGGAGACUUGACCCUAAAGCAGCUGCUGCCCUUGAGGUGCAGUCAGUCCUGUGUGUGGAAAGAGAGAGAAUGGCUAAUGAUGCUCCAUAUUAAAUUGCCUAUUGUUUUAUGCCACCUGAUGUGUCUGCAUGAGAGGUUUCCUUUUUGUUCAUUUUUAAGCUGCUGUUAAACCAAAACCAUGUUGUGCUACUGUGUCAGCCUUUUCGUUAUUCCAAAUUUUACUUUUCCUACUUAAGUGAAUGCGUAGAAUCCGAUUUGACAAUGUUCUAAAGGCUUAUAAUGUUCUAAAGGAGCCAGGCCUUGUGAUAUAGUAGGUGACCCAGGCUUGGCCUUCUAAUCAGCAGAAGGGAAAGUGUAGGCUGCUAAAGAGUGAGAGGAGGAGCAUUUCAAUGCUGUCCCUUCACUCACCUGCCAAGGACAUGCAGGCCUCAACUGAGGUUCCUUCAUGGGGCCUACUGACAGGGAGAGGGAGUCACUUUCCUUUCAGUUCUGUGCUGGGACAACGGAACAGUACUAGGCUUGGCCAGCCACGCAAUUAGUAGUUUGAUUUGGGCCUUUUUUUUGCAGCUGCUUCAUAUGCCCUACCCCAGCCCCCUCACCGACAUCUGGUAGCUUACUGUUUCUUCAAGAACAAAGUAGACUUUAAUGCUGUAAAUUUGAGCUGUAGAGCUAAGAUUCACCUGCUGGUGAGAUGUGAAACCUUGUUGCUUUUUCCUAGCGUCUGAUGGCAGUGAUUGUGGUCAGGGGAGUUUUUCUCUGACCACAGCAGGUGUGGUUCAGGCCCUACCCCACCUCACUACGCUCCUUUGAAGCCAAUGUGCCUCCCUCCCCUCCAUGCUGGAGGGAUGACACAGGGGAGAAGAAAAUAGAAACGCUUGGCCCUAGGGUUGAGUCACUGUUUCCUAGCCCACUGUGUUAUGAUCAGUGCAAACAACUCAGUGUGAAAGACACCUAAGCACUACCAGCCAAAUUUGAGAAAUAUAUUAACAGUUAUCCUACCAGCAUAUUGAGGCUAACUCUAAAGUUUGGGGCCCAGAAGAGGGUAGAGAAAGGGCAGCAGCUUUACCUGGGCAGUACACUGGGUUGAAGGCAAAGAGGAAUAAAGUGAUGGCUGAUGAUGACUCUGGUGAGGAGAGGGUAAGCAAGGAGUAUUGAUUUCUGUGAUGUUAACUGAGUGAUAUAUUCUGAGUGAUGCUCAACCCUCUCCCCCUCCCAGGGAAGAAAAGCAAAGAUUAAAAGUAAGCAUGACACUAGUUGGUUUACCAGUGUUCCUUCCGAGGAGACAUAUAUUUUUUAAUAAACGAUAGUUGCAAUGAACUGUG